AUUCUGCCCAGCAAACACCACCCGUCCUAUCUAUACAAUGCAGAUCCUUAGAGAAGAUGUCGAGCUCCGGUAGCAGCGUUAUCCGCUCUGCAAUCGCUUCAGCAUCGUGAGUCCAGACAAGCAUUGCGGUGAACACUCAUCUCUCGCGCCGAAUGGCUGCGACCGUUCUUGGGCCCCUCCGCCAUGCUGCGAAGGGCGCCGGAACCUGCUCGAUUGAUGCGCUGCGGACGCCACCUAUGACAAGGUCGUGUCUACGGGCCCUGGCACUGGAAAGAGCAAGGACACAAAGAACAACUUCACAAGGCCGCCGGUAUCAUUCAUCCCUCACGACAGAUGCGAGCACAGCGUCCUCCGUCUCUGCCUCUGAAGUCACACACUUCUCCCGCCUGGCUUCCUCGUGGUGGGAUCCUCACGGCCCUUCUCGCCUGCUCCAUCUAAUGAACCCUCUCCGCCACGACUUUAUCCGCUCGUGCCUGCAGAGGCCUUCCCCAGAUACCUGCCUCUCCGAACCAGACAUCGAGGACGCAAAUGAGAAGAGACGGUCAUAUCUGGACGUUGGCUGUGGCGGGGGCAUCUUCGCUUCUUCCGCCGCUCGCCUUCCCACGACCUCGCGCGUGACAGCCAUCGAUCCCACCGAGAGUGUCAUACAGGUCGCAAAGGAGCACCAGCGCUCGGACCCGGCGCUCGCAGCUCCGGGGAAGCUCGAAUAUCGCAACUGCGCCAUCGAAGACCUGCCCGACGGGGCAACAUACGACGUGUUGACCGUGUUCGAGGUCCUCGAACAUAUCGACUCGCCUUCGUCCUUUCUCGAAACCGCAAUCCCCCACCUGAAGCCCGGCGGGUGGCUCAUCGGCUCGACAAUCUCUCGCUCACCCGUCGCCUAUCUCACGACGAAGCUCAUCGCCGAAGCACCCCUGAUAGGUGUGGUGCCGAGGGGCACGCACGAUUGGAACAAGUACAUCAACCCGCCGGAGUUGAGGGGGUAUUUCGAGUCCGGCAGAGCGCCGGGACGGUGGGGAGAGUUUGUCACGCAAGGAGUCGUCUACGUCCCGGCCCUCGGGUGGCGGUUUGUCCAGGGCAGCGAGGAGUUUGGGAAUUACUUCUUUGGCGUGCAGAAGCUGGAAUGAGAAGAGGAGAAAAAGAGGCCGACUCAACUGACCUCAGGGCAGUCGACACUAUUGAUUGACCGCUGAGCCUUGGUUUCUUAUGGUGCAGAGUAUCCGAAGAAACAAUGCCAUCCAUCACCCAACUGUAUCAACACCACGUACGUUCGGCUCGAGCAGCAAUUUGAUGAAAUUCAAUCUUCAAGCCCGCCAUGUAUAUAUCAUCUUUGGGCCACGGAAACGUCGAGAUAUCAACGUAUCACCACGACCUUGGAAAAGCCGGCGAGCAGCAGGGCAAAGAAAAAGGAAAUCAUACCAUGUACUAUUACCACUACCUGUGAUGGAAACAGAAGGAUCCCGGCGCGGGAGGGAGAAUAGAACACGGGGGACGUCUGAGAUGUCUUUUUACCCCACAAUUCCAUGUACAUCGAUCCAUGAAGAAGAGGACUGGUUGCAGUACAGUCGAGGGUAUCAAAGUUAUUGAAUCCAACUCCCUUCACCUGUUGGAUUAUACAAUCCUAUUUCCCAAGAGUGACAUGACAGCCAAGAUGAUGGACGCCCAGUGGUAGCAUA